GGAGAGCGGCAGAGGAGAGGUGAAGGAGAGAAGCCGACGACGCCAACGCCGAAGCCGGCGGCGAUGAUGCUGAUGAUGUCCGCGUCGCGGCUGGGCGCCGCGCUGCUCCCGCGCGCCCGCCACUCGCCGUUCCCGUGCCGGGCGCCGUGGCGCGGCGCGAGCAGCGUCCACGAGCGGAUCGAGCGCCGGAGGCGCGCGGCGGAGAUCGGCGGCGGCCUGGCGCGGGUGGAAGCGCAGCACGCACGGGGCAAGCUGACGGCACGGGAGCGGCUGCUGGUGCUGCUGGACCCCGGCUCGUUUGUGGAGAGCGACAUGUUCGUGGAGCACCGCUGUGCUGACUUCGGCAUGUACAGCGACACCAACAAGUUUCCAGGAGACAGUGUGGUCACCGGACGAGGACUCAUCAACGGCCGCCUUGCGUACGUCUUCAGCCAGGACUUCACGGUGUUUGGAGGCAGCCUGUCUGGUGCCCACGCACAGAAGAUCUGCAAGGUGAUGGACCAGGCGGCGCUCGUCGGCGCUCCGAUCAUCGGCCUCAACGACUCCGGCGGCGCUCGCAUCCAGGAGGGCGUGGACAGCCUCGCCGGCUACGCCGACAUCUUCCUGAGGAACGUGAUGUCGUCAGGAGUGGUGCCCCAGAUCUCUCUCAUCAUGGGUCCCUGUGCCGGGGGUGCCGUCUACUCCCCAGCACUCACAGACUUCACUUUCAUGGUCAAGGACACGUCGUACCUGUUCAUCACGGGUCCCGAUGUUGUGAAGUCGGUGACCAAUGAGGACGUGAGCCAGGAACAGCUUGGUGGAGCCAACACUCACACGGUCACAUCAGGCGUGGCUCACCGGGCGUUUGAGAACGACGUGGACGCGCUGCUCAACCUACGCGAGUUUUACAACUUCCUGCCGCUCAGCAACCGCGACCCUGCACCUGUCAGGGUGUCACAUGACCCCAGUGACCGUCUGGUCCCGGGGCUGGACACGGUGGUGCCGCUGGAGUCCUCCAAGGCGUACGACAUGCUGGAUAUCAUCCACACGACGGUGGACGAGGGCGACUUCUUUGAGCUGAUGCCGCGCUACGCACGCAACCUGCUGGUCGGAUUCGCUCGCCUCAACGGGCGCACCGUGGGCAUCGUGGGCAACCAGCCACGCGUGGCCUCUGGCUGCCUGGACAUCAACGCGUCUGUGAAGGGGGCUCGUUUUGUCCGCUUCUGCGACGCCUUCAACAUCCCCCUCAUCACCUUCGUGGACGUGCCGGGGUUCCUGCCCGGUACUAGCCAGGAGUUCGGAGGCAUCAUUCGGCACGGAGCCAAACUACUCUACGCAUUCGCUGAAGCCACCGUGCCCAAGAUCACCGUCAUCACCCGCAAGGCGUACGGCGGAGCGUACGACGUGAUGAGCUCCAAGCACCUGCGUGGCGACGUGAACUACGCAUGGCCCACCGCUGAGGUGGCCGUCAUGGGGGCCAAGGGCGCGGUGCAGAUCAUCUUCCGGGGGAGCGCGGACCAAGCGGAGGCGGAGGCGGAGUACAGUGAGAAGUUCGCGAACCCCUUCCCUGCAGCUGUUAGAGGCUUUGUGGACGACAUCAUCCGCCCGGCGACGACGCGCCAGCGGCUGUGUCGAGACCUGGACGCCCUGAGCACCAAGAACCUGAAGAACCCCUACAAGAAGCACGGCAAUAUCCCCCUGUGACACACACACACAGACAGACACACACACACAGACACUACACACAGACACUACAUACACACACAGACACACAGACACACAUAGACCUACACACACACCACAUUACAACAACAAACGCAAUU